ACGAGCACGCUCGCUCAUUUACCUAAAACCAAAAUACCAUGCAAACUCCAACGCUACCGUCUCUCCUCCUCCUCCUCCUCCUCCUCCUCCUCCUACUCUCUAUCAUCAAUCACAGCUGCUUUGAGUGACGAUGGAGGAUUCUGCUCUGCUCCUCCUUCACUUUUUGAAACCGAAACGGCCUCCUCCAAACCUCUCUAUUGGAGAGUUACUAAUCCAACACUCUCUCCUUCUCACCUUCAAGACUUGCCAGGUUUCACACGCAGUGUUUAUGAAAGAGACCACGCUUUAAUAACACCAGAAAGUCAUGUAUUCAGUCCUUUACCAGAAUGGACAAAUACAUUGGGGGCAUAUCUAAUUACGCCAGCUAUGGGUUCCCACUUUGUGAUGUACCUCGCAAAGAUGCAAGAAAAUUCAAAGUCUGGGCUGCCUCCAAAUGAUGUAGAGAGGUUCUUGUUCGUGGUUCAGGGUUUUGCAACUCUGAGUAAUGCAUCUGGUGCCCACCACCAAAUGACGGUGGAUUCAUAUGCUUAUCUACCACCAAAUUUUGAACAUUCUCUGGAGUGUGGUGCAUCUGCUACUCUUGCUGUCUUUGAACGCAGGUAUGAUUCUCUAGAAAAUCAUGUCACUGAGCAAAUUGUUGGUUCAACAGACCAGCAACAGGCAAGGUACCUUUCAAUUAUUGUUUUUGAACUUAGAAAGCUUCUGCCUCCAUCAUUGCAAUAUGACUUCAAUAUCCAUAUAAUGGAUUUCCAACCUGGAGAAUUCUUUAAUGUGAAGGAGGUGCAUCACAAUCAGCAUGGUUUGCUGCUACUAGAGGGACAAGGUAUUUAUCGAUUGGGUGAUAGCUGGUAUCCAGUUCAAUCUGGUGAUGCCAUUUGGAUGGCCCCUUUUGUGCCCCAAUGGUACGCUGCACUUGGUAAGACCCGCACACGAUAUUUGCUGUACAAAGAUGUGAAUAGGAAUCCAUUGUAACCAGACGCCGCAAAAAUUGUCCCCUGGCUUCAUUGAGCUGAUUCUAGCGAGGAUAGAUCAAUUUCUGAAGCAAAGAUCAAGCUUCUAGGCUGCAAACAUUAUUUAGCUGAAUGAUGAUCAUCCUUGUGUUGCUCAAGGAUUCGUGAUGGAAGGAAUCGAUCUUGCAGUGCUUAUUUGGUAAAACAAAGCCUGUUCUGUCCUGUUAAGAAAAGAAUUUUUUCUUGAAAAUUGUGGGAUAUGCGGCUGUAAUUUCAAAUACACAGGUUAACAUUUCAGGAAAACCCAUUUGUGAUUCCACAGAACAGUUUUGCCCGGAACUCCUGGUGAGAGAAGGUGAUUAUCUCAAAUCAAAGCACUGUGAACAUGUUGACAAACCAGUUCAUGUGAAACCUGAUGGCAAACCCACUAGUUGUUUUUGUGACAGCAAGAAAUAUUUCCAUUCUGGACUUGAAAAUCCUGAUCUGUUCUUCUACAAUGUGUAAAACAUUGUCGAUCGGGGAAAAGUGCUGAUUUCCAUUUCAAAGAAAGGUGAUUUCCCUCAUCGAUCUAUAUAUUCAAUGGUAUGAACUUGUGUGGGUGCCUUCCGUACGAAUAUAAACUAACAAGAUUCCAAUAGCUGCCAAGUGUUCUGCCAAAGGUAUUCCAGUAACGCCUUCUUGAUGUUUCAUUUUGUUGCCUAAAGUCCUUCACCUUAUUGUAUAAGUUCACAGCUUCUUUGUUUAUAAGCCCUUUAAUUCCUAAAUACGGGCUCAUUGAGCUGAUUCUAGCGAGGAUAGAUCAAUUUCUGAAGCAAAGAUCAAGCUUCUAGGCUGCAAACAUAAUUUAACUGGAUGAUGGUCAUCCUUGUGUUGCUUAAGGAUUCGUGAUGGAAGGAAUCGAUCUUGCAGUGCUUAUUGGUAAAAAAAGCACUGCAAGAUCGAUUAAUUUUAUCAACAAUGACUUUUUUCUUCUUCUUUCAA